UCUCUCUUGCAGAUGGCGUCAGUGACUGAUGGUAAAACUGGAGGCAAAGAUGCCUCUGACCAGAAUUUUGACUACAUGUUCAAACUGCUCAUCAUCGGAAACAGCAGUGUAGGCAAGACCUCCUUCCUCUUCCGCUAUGCUGACGACACCUUUACUCCAGCCUUUGUCAGCACUGUGGGCAUUGACUUCAAGGUGAAGACGGUCUAUCGUCAGGAGAAGCGAGUGAAGUUGCAGAUUUGGGAUACAGCUGGACAGGAGCGGUACCGGACCAUCACCACAGCCUAUUACCGUGGAGCCAUGGGCUUCAUUCUGAUGUAUGAUAUCACCAAUGAGGAGUCUUUCAAUGCUGUCCAAGACUGGGCUACCCAGAUAAAGACCUACUCCUGGGACAAUGCACAAGUUAUUCUUGUUGGGAACAAGUGUGACAUGGAGGAAGAGAGGGUUGUUCCUACUGAAAAGGGCCAGCUCCUUGCAGAACAGCUUGGAUUUGACUUCUUUGAAGCCAGUGCCAAGGAGAAUAUCAACGUGAGACAGGUCUUUGAGCGCCUAGUAGAUGCCAUUUGUGACAAGAUGUCUGAUUCGAUGGACGCAGACCCCUCCAUACUGGGCACCUCCAAGAACACGCGCCUGACAGACACCCCACCACUGCUACAGCAAAACUGCUCAUGCUAGGCAAAGCCCACCCUCC